AUGGUUGAAAUCGCCCCGAAGUUUGCUCACGUCAGAGUAUUGAGAAAUCCAGCAUUUGUAGAUGAAGGACUGGUGUUUGAGACCAUCAAUAUUUGGAAAUACCCGUGCAUUGUAAAGCCUUUCCACUUCUUCGGUAUCUUCGAUCUCGUUGUAUGGACGACUCCCUGUGGAGAUCUCCUAGAUCAGACAGCCCAGUGCAAACAAGUCGGUCUUGAAAGUUCGCGGGGACAAUGGCGAAAUUCGGUAGCGGUCCUCCUCCUCAACCAGUGGACGCAAGUCACCGAUGGCUGA